AUGAGCUUUGUGUACAAAGAUGUGAAAUACUUCACUCCGUUCUACAAGGAUGAAGAAUUCUGGGUGAAGCCGAAGUACUAUAGUGGAGGCACUCCAGCCACUUUGUUGGAUAUUUUGAGUGACAUGUUUCGAAGGCAGCUUCUCAGUAGCCGUGGAGGAGAAAUAACCGAGGCGUACUGGCGAUCAAUUAUUGAGCAAGAAAAGAGGGUUUCGGUACUCUUGAUCUUCAGUGACAAAACAUAUCGAAAGUACCCAGAACUGCAAAAGCCAUCAAAGAGUUUUACACCGCUUGACAAAGAUGACAAUGCAUCUUUCAAGACAGUCUCUCGUCCUGAUACCGUCGUACCAUCUGGACUUAUUGCCUGUUUUUGGCCAAAAUCCUUGACCAAUAAUGGAGAUGGUCACGAUGCAAGGCUUAAAGGAGUUCGACUGAAAAUCCGAAUAUCGCGGCAACACAUUCACCCGCGAAGCGUUGUUGUUCCAUAUCCUCCAAGCGUUAUUGUUGAAGACAAGAACAUCGUGGCGGUCAAUAAACCUUUUGGAAUUCCGUCAAUGGGCGAAAGGAAUGACUUGGGAUCCAAUGAAUGGAACUCUAUCUUGACUUGGUGCCGCCUACCGUCCGACAAAGAAAACCCCAGAGAAGGGAAGUACUGCGAUCUUAUCAAUCGGCUUGAUCUUGAUGUCAGCGGGCUUGUUCUGCUCGGAAAAUCUGGUACAUACAGGAAGAAGCGAGGAUUUGUGGGUGCUAACGGAGUGGGCUCAAGGAAAACUGUGAAAGUCUACCUUGGCAUCAUUCCAAGACAAGAUUUUUCCAUUCGAAUAAUGACGCCACGUCUCGCUUUCAACACGAAAACGUCAAGGGCGUUUGUAAAGAAAGAAAGGUGCAAAAGAGAUGACGGUAAUGAUAAUUUGGUUUGCAAGACCAGUAUCUACCCUUUGAUGAAUAUCAAAGAUGGUCGCUAUAGUCUCGUUGCUAUAUCACUUGAAAAGUCUGGACAAAGACAUCAAAUCCGCUUCCAUCUAUCAUUGAUUGGCGCGACAAUAGCUAAUGAUGAUCUUUACCUGGAUAUUGCUAGAAAUGACAAAUUGUACCAAAGAACUGGAGUUCGACCGCCAAACGUUUCCAAUGAUGAUUCACAGAAUAUCACACAAAUUCCAGUUGACACAACUCUUCAAUCAUCCAUUCACACUGAAAGAAUCAGCGAGGGUGAACAUCAAGCUUUCCUGAGAGAAUAUGUGUUCAUCAACGGAGUUUCCGGUUUUAAGGAAUCGAAUGCGAGCAACAAGGAUUGCCGAUAUCCUCUCAUUCAACGAGCACUUUAUCCUGGUACCGACAGUACGUUUGCUGGUUUGCUGCAGGAAAAUUUCGAAAUUUGUGCACAUUGCGGCAAAUGCCAGAAAUUACUUAGCCAAGCAAAUAAACAUUCCAAUAAUGCAGGGAAAGAAGAGCAACCUAUCCGACUUGCACAUGGGAUCUUCCUUCAUUCUUGGCGGUAUUUUCAUCCAACGAAUGAGCACGCACUACUAGAGGCACCUCUGCCUGGGGAAGGAAUAAAAUUGGGUGAAGGAGAAGUCAAAGUAGAAGGGAGGGGCAAUCUCUGGUGGCCUAUUCAGAUCAGGAGUACGUAG